GAUGAUCUCCUCAAACAUUGAACAAAACGCCUCAAUUCAAGACUCGAGAAAUGCAAAACUACCAUUUUAUUGUAUUAUGCUUACUCUUUUAGCUGUAAUCGGUGGCUUUGAGAAUGGAUUUAAUACGGGCAUUACUAAUAUACCAGAAAUUGUUCAAAUGGAUAUAACCACGUACAAGGAGCAGGAGUGCCAGACUGUCUUCCAAUGGGAAAUUUACUCUGGUAAACCUGAUAAAAAUUGGGGUCUUGCAGUAGGAAGCCAUUCGAUGGGUGCUAUUUUUGGAGGUCUCAGUGCGGGUAGUUUACAAACAAUGUUUGGUAGAAAGAACACAUUAAUAUAUAAUUCCUUUACUUGGAUAAUCGGUGGUGUACUUCUCGGUGCGUCCGUAAAUCCUGUGAUGUUUACAUGCGGACGUAUUAUUACUGGAAUUGGAUCCGGUGUUGGUUCUGUCGUUAUUCCGACAUAUUUGGGUGAAAUCUCAACCAUAAAGUCACGUGGACUAAUUGGUUCCGCUUAUCAAGAUUCAGUCGUGACUGGAAUAGUUGCUUCUCAACUUGUUGGUUUACCAUUAUCAUUUAUUCCUGGCUGGCGAAUUCUUUUAACUCUGACGUCAGCAAUUGCAAUUUUCCAAUUGGUAUUAAUGCCUAUUAUAAUGGUGGAAUCCCCAAGAUAUUUGAUUUCACAAAAUAAAAUUGAAGAGGCAAAAGAGACAUUACAAAAAUUAAGAAAAGGAUAUAACAUUGAUUUAGAAUUUGAAGAAAUUCUUCAGGGACAAUCCGUAAAACAAAUUAAUGAUGUUAAUAUCGAGACAGGUGAUAAAUACAUACAAAAUUCUCUUGUUGACACUAAUGAUCAAUUUAGAAUCAAGAAAUCGGCUUCAUUUAAAGAACUUUUCCAAGACUCAUAUUGUCGCAGGAUGACGUUCGUUUGUAUUGGAGCAAAUCUUAUACAACAACUUUCUGGUAUCCAAGGAGUAGUCUUUUAUAGUACUGCAAUUUUCUUAAAUGUUAUGGGUGAUUCAGCCAAAUACAUAACGAUAAUCAUCGGCGGUACAACCUUCAUAGUUACAUUAAUAUCAACGUUUCUGAUGGAUCGAGUGGGAAGAAGACCAUUAUUAUUAACAUCUGAGAUUUGUGUUACUAUUUCUUGUCUUCUGAUCGUUAUUGGCUCUAUUUAUCAAUAUAAGAUUCUUAUAAUCGCAUUUUUACUCCACGUUACUUCUUUUGGUAUCGCUCUUGGAAGUUUACCAUACUUUAUUAUCUCAGAGGUUAUACCAACACGUUUCGUAAGCUUGGUCGGUCCAAUAUGUUUAGGUACAAAUUGGUCCGCAAAUUUUAUUGUGUCCUUCAUAUUUCCUGUUAUGGAAGAUGCUUUAAAAGAAUAUACCUUCCUCAUGUUUGGUGCAAUUACCUUUUGCUUUGUGAUCCUUACUUGGUUUUUUGUUCCGGAGACUAAGGGAAAAAGCAUCGAAGAAAUAACUUCAGGAAUAUAA